ACCGCAGUCGCAGACGUCUUGCUGGUACUGAUUUGGCUGAACAUUUUUUUUACAACAAAAAAAAAAAAAAAUUCAGGCGUACUCUUUUUUUCCUCGAGUUAAUCGAGAAAUUUAUUUUAAAAAAUGGCUUUAUUAAUGAGAAAUGCCUGCAAAGUUCUUUCAAAGACAACACCAAAUUCUGCGGUACGGAGUUUUAGCAGCAGCAAAGUACAUCGUCACGAAGCAACAGUCGAGCGAUCAGUUAAAACGAAGUGUACGCUGAUACCUGGUGAUGGUGUUGGUCCUGAAUUAGUAUUAUCUGUCCAACAAGUAUUUGAAGCUGCCAAUGUACCAGUCGAAUUUGAGCCAUACUUUUUAUCAGAAGUUAAUCCUACACUAAGUGCUCCACUUGAACAAGUCUCCAAUAGUAUUGCAAGAAAUAAAGUCUGUUUGAAGGGAAUCCUCGCAACACCUGAUUUUUCUCAUACUGGCGAAUUGCAAACGUUAAAUAUGAAACUAAGAAAAAAUUUAGAUCUAUAUUCAAAUGUCGUUCAUGUAAAAUCACUGCCGGGAGUUAAAUCACGUCACCAGAAUGUCGACUGUGUUAUAAUACGGGAACAAACUGAGGGAGAGUAUUCAGCUUUAGAGCACGAAUCAGUAACGGGAGUUGUCGAAUGUUUGAAAAUAGUAACAGCUACUAAGUCACAACGUAUUGCUAAAUUUGCAUUUGAUUAUGCCGUGAAAAAUAACCGCAAGAAAGUUACCUGUGUUCACAAAGCGAAUAUUAUGAAACUUGGUGAUGGAUUAUUUUUAAAAUCCUGUUCAGAAAUCGCUAAAUUAUAUCCUAGAAUUGAAUUUGAAACAAUGAUUGUUGAUAAUUGUACAAUGCAAAUGGUAUCAAAUCCUCAUCAAUUUGAUGUCAUGGUAACACCUAAUUUAUAUGGUAACAUUAUUGACAAUAUUGCAUCUGGAUUAGUUGGUGGUGCUGGAGUUGUUGCCGGUGCAAGUUAUAGUCCUGAAUGCGUCGUUUUUGAACCAGGUGCGAGACAUACAUACUCCGAAGCAGUGGGUAAAAAUGUCGCCAAUCCCACAGCUUUAAUUUUAUGUAGUGUUAAAUUGUUAAAUCACAUUAACUUGAAACGUUAUGCUGUACAAAUACGCGAAGCACUAAAUCGCGUUUUGAAUGACGGUAAAGUGCGUACAAAAGAUCUAGGUGGACAAAGUUCAACAACAGACUUCACUCAUGCCGUGAUCAAUGCUCUCCGUUAAUUCAAAUAAUAAAUUAUUUAUUUAAAAGAAAAUAUUUAUUAAAUCGGAUAAAUUGCUUGUUAAAACAACUAAAAAUAAAUAAAUAAGUAACUAAAAGACGACGAACGAGCGUAGGAGAUAAUAGAGACUCUUUCCUAACAGCAUAAUUAUAAUUAAUAAAAAUAAUAAAUUAGAUAUUUAAAAUUAAUCGUUUGUUAGUUAAUUGUUAAAAUCUAUAACUUAAAAAUCUCAUUUAGUGUGACAGUUAAUUUAAAUAUUUAUUUAAAUUGCCAUUUUGUGUGAUAAGUUGUUACUGAUAAAUGUAUGAUAAUAAUAAUAAUAAUAAAUUUAUUUGCUGUACUAUAAUUCAAA